AUGGCAGAUGUUACUAGGAGGUGGAUAACGCGUGUUCUCGUGACAGUUUUGGCAUGCUUUCUGUUCUCUGACCACGCCACCGCCGAGCAGGACGACGAAGAGUACAAAGGCAAGUACCUGGGAAAGCUGAACGCGUAUCAUCAUCAAGUUUCCGGCGACGUUUACGUGGUCGACGAGUACACGUUGCUGCUGACGUCCUUCAGCUACGAUGGCAACGGGGCCGACACCUUCUUCUGGGCUGGCGGGUCCAAUCGACCGGGUCCACAGGGUUUCAUUGUUCCGGACGAGUGGGGCAAAACGAACAUUCUCGAUCGGUAUUUCAACAAAGACUUCACUCUCACGUUACCGGACAACAAGAAAGUAACGGACAUCAAAUGGUUCGCUGUUUACGACCUGGGAAGUCAGAAUACGUUCGGCGACGUGUACAUUCCCGAGGAGUUUGACCCGCCCACGCCUCAGAAGAUCUCGCAAUUAACGAAACGAUCGCACGGUGUAUCCUCCGGGUCUAUCGUGAUCGUGGACUCGAAGACAUUAAAAAUACCAGAAUUCACGUACGAUGGCCAGGGAACGGACACGUACUUUUGGGUGGGACUUGGUCCGCAGCCUUCCAGCAAAGGAAUGAAAGUUCCCGACGAAUAUGGCUACCUGGAUCCGAUUCGCGCGUACGAGGGAGAAGAUAUACUCAUCCAACUGCCAGGAGACAUGACCGUUUUCAACAUCGAUUGGUUGAGCGUGUUUGACGUGAAAAGUAAAUCGAAUUACGGUUCCGUGAUCAUUUCGGACGGUCUGAACGUGCCGCCUUCCCUCGUAAAAGUGAUCAAGCACACGCAGACUCUGCCGAAUUGCAUCCAGCUCCAUAAAAAGUUCCAAAUCAGCUGGGAGAUCUUUGGUCCUCAGAUCACUGUCCAGCUAGCUGGUCAAGUCGACGAAGACGACUAUAUGUCGUUCGGUCUGUCCGGCUCGGAAACGUCCAGUCAGAUGGAAGGUGCGGACGUUGUGGUAGCUUACAUGGAUGGGACCAGAGGCUACGCGCGAGAUUACAACGUCACCGCGAAAGCACCGUGUGGAAAAGUUCUGGGUCAGUACAGAGGAGUCUGCAGGGACGAACUGUUCGGUAGUUUAGACAACAAUCAAUUGUACACCGCUGUAAGAGAAGAUGGGAUCAACGUUAUCACCUACAGACGCACGCUCAACUCGUCCGAUCCAGGAGACAAAGAGUAUCCCACGGAUCGACCAGUUUACGUGAUAUGGUCUUUAGGCAGAUUGGAUAAAAAUAAAGAACCAACCUUUCACGACGUGUAUCCCAAAAGCAACUUGAAGAUAGAAUUGGUCCGUCAGGAACCAGAGAACACGUGCAUGGACUUCACGGAGAAUAAUCAAAAGUUGAUAGAACCUUGGGAGAAGGCGGAAAUAUUUGACAGAAGUAUCCGGACGUUCAAGGCCACGAUUGGUCCGGCUGGAGGGAAAAAGGGUUAUCAAGGGAUGACUGGACAAACGUCCACGGGUUUGGCAUGGUACAUCCAGGGUCAACUCGUGCCAGAAUUAUACCUUCGUCGAGGAUUAACUUACAAUUUCCACGUUCACGGUGGGAACAAUCCUCACAGCCCAAACUUGUAUCAUCCGUUGAUUAUAACCGACGAGCCACACGGUGGAUACGACAGGCUCAGCGAUGCUGCACAGAGUAGAGUCAGAGUGCUCGCCGGUGUAGAAUUCACCAGACGAGGUCAACCAAGACCAACCGCAGUUGGUCCGCUUUGCCUGAGUAAACACAGUGGACGAGAUAGAAGAUUGGACGAUGACUUUCCAACGUUUAAACAUUUCAACAGAACGCUGACGUAUGUGUGCGAACCAGGGGAAGGCGGAGUCUUGGAAGUUACACCGAACUCUACGUGGCCGGACAUUGUUUAUUAUAAUUCGUUUACUCACGCGAAUAUGGGCUGGAAGAUACACGUGGUGGAUGCAUACUUGAGGAACGACGCUGUCACGCGAAACUUGUCGUUCCUCGCGGGACUAAUGGCUGUGUUUUUUCGUUUGUUACAAAAUUAG